ACCUCAAUUGUCCAUCAUACUUCAGUUUAAAGUCUUAAUUAAUUCAUUUAAUUAUUUGAUAUUAAUUAAAUAAUAGAACAUCAAUUAACGAUGAAUAGUAAAGUGAUACUUUUAAAUAUUUUUUAUUUUAUUGUAGUGUCAGCAAACUUAAAUGAAGAUAAUUCUCAAGAGAAUCACGAAUGUGGAGACUCGAAAAAAUUUGAAUUCAAAGUAGAUUGUUUAGCAGACGGUACAGAAAUACGUUUUAAUCAAGAGGGAUCCGAUGCAACCCAACUCUACGUCGACGGUUAUCAAGAUUCUUCAGAUUGUAUGGAGAUAUAUCCUAGUGGAACAAAUGAUGGCAGUUUUGCUAUCAAGUUCGAUAAGUGUGGAGUUACAUUCAGAAAAUCAUUUGCUCAAUUCAAUCUUACUGUCUUACGUCCACCAAAUCGAAUAAACGACAAAACUAAAUAUAUUUUAAUUCAAUGCAACUAUCCAUCAAAAGUUGAAAAAGCAUCUAAAGCUCUGACAGUACGUAAAAAUAAUAAAUUAAUACGUCAUCCAGCAUCAUCUAUGAAUGUCUCACCAGCUCACAUGAUGUCACUGAUAUAUGAAAAUCAGCCUGUUAAAGAAGUAGAAGCUGGAAAAGUGAUUACUGCUAAAAUUUGUAUCACGCCAAAAGUUUUCCGGGCAAUGAUAAAAAAAUGCAACAUAACAACAAACGACAAUAAAGAUAAAAUAGUAGAGCCUGUUACUGGUGAUGAUGGAUGUCCAAACCGCCCAGAGUUUGGUCUGUGGACAUGGAACCCGGAUAAUAACUGUUAUCAAACUGACUUUAGAGUUUUCAAAUUUCCAAAUCGUGGUGAUCUAAGAAUUGAAUGUGACGUUCACUAUUGCCUAGAGGGCCAAUGUCGAGCUCCCAAAUGUAAACAGUCCGCGAGCCCAUGCCCCGACGCAUAAGAAAAAAACUUAUUUUCUCAUUAUAAAUUUAACGCAGCCUAAAUAUCGUUAAUUUUUUAUUUUAUUUUUCUGUCAAUAUACAAAUGAAUUUUACUAUUAUUAAUUAUAUUAUAAUUAUGUUUUUCAUGGAUACGUAAUAAAUACCAAGUAUCCUAUUGUAACGUUUAUUAUCGUUUAUUUUUUUUUUGUUUCAUAUAAUUGGAAAUAGAAAAAACUUGAUUUAUUAUUAUUAAUAUUCAUUUUUUAGUUUAAUAAAUUAAGUAAAAACAAAUAAAAUUAGUUUAUUAUUA